AGGAGACAAGCGAUUGGACACUAAAGUAUCACUAUACUGCGACAAUGAUGGUAGAGGAUCGCCACCGACGGGUCCGUCCGAUUCAGAGCAUAGAAGUAUCAGAAAAAGGUUGAAAGGAUUGGAGGGAAAUGAAACAGAAUCAGACGAUGACUACAAUGAUGAAGCGGAAAAAACCAAGGAACUUGCUAAAAUCACGAAAUUAGAACCACAGCAAUCGAGUGCCGACAAGCAGGAAUGUGAUCAGAUUGGUGAUACUGAUCGGUAUUUCCGGAAACCCUUGGUCAUUGAUGAUGAAGAGCACUGGGGUGUUUCUGCCGUGCGCGAAUUCGAAUGGGUGCCGACUGAAUCAGAAGUAAAACUCGGCUACUUCGAUGAACAUAGCAUUUAUGCUGGCUUGAAGUUCGCCUCGUUUGAUGAAGCCUUUCAGGCGGUGUCCGUGAUAGCAUCGAAAGGCAAUUUCGCUGUUAAGAAGAAGAACGAGCCAAAGCGUGGAAUGUUCGUUAUCGUAUGUUCGAGGAGUGGGAACCCUGAAACUCAAUACAAGCGAAAGAUAAAGCGUCGACAAGAGAAGCGAGACGCGAAGAAGCAAUUCCGCACAAGAGUAACCUCGACUCUCGUAUGCAAUUGUGCGUAUAGGGUGCGACUAGCACAUUGCGAACCCCCGGAAGGUGAAACAGGUGUUCCGUUUCAAAGAGGUGUCGAAUACCACGGGUGGAUACAAAUCACGAUGACCUGCUUCAGUCACAAUCAUGAGUGCGAACCUAAUCCGAAACCAGUUAGAACCGUUAAAGUGCCUACCAGGAGAGUUUUGGGGUGUACUGAAAAUGGAGCCAAUAACAUCUCACCACUCAAAAAACUUGCAAUUAGCGAUAUGAGGAGCACCAAUCCUCUUGGUUGGGAGAGCCACGGAUCAAUACAGAAUGGUAUCGCCGCAGUCGACCCCAUACAAAGCGCCAUUCAAUCACAUCCGACCUCGUUGAAUAGGGUGCCCGAACCAGAACCACAUGCACAUCAAAUAGCUGUGGAACAAUAUCAGCGGAUCGCUCACCAGAUAACGGCACCACUGGAAGGGGGUAUACUCUAUGUUGAAGGCAAACGUUUUCGGGUCAGACCCACACCCGUUACGGUGGCGGAGGGGGACAGUGGCAUCCGGGUUUUGCAAUACGCUCUCAGCAGUCGAGGCCACGAUUAUACCAAACAACAAAUCAGAGAUAUACUUUCUAAUUGCCAGAACCCUACCUGGCUGGAGUGCACACAAACCUUUGUUUUCAACUUCAAUAUUGAUCAGUGGAGGCAGGGAAUGAAGGGUCACGCUCCCUUGGAUGACAUGGGCAUGUUGUCCGCAAUUUUCGAGUUUGGGUUGAAUAUGGUACUAUAUAGUUGUAGAAAAAACUCCUUGUUCUGCGAUCUCAGGGUUCUAAGUACAGCUUUAGACCAACGGCUGAUGUCUGUAGCACCCGAAUCCCUUCUUACAUCCGACAAGUCCACCCUGCCAUACCACGAUCUGCCCGUGUUCUAUGAACCUGGUUUAGCAUUUCAUGUCGUGGAUAGGGACAUUGAUUCCACACUCGCGCCGGAGGAGUGCUGGCGCGUUCCCAGCCGAAAACAGGUCUCUUUGUGGUGAUCCAUUGUGUGUAUUAACCAACUUGAUCCAGGGUGUACUGACUGAGUGCAUGUUGUACCACGCAUUAAGAGCUGACACUAUAACCCGGGUUGAGUGUGCGGGCUGAUUGGGUGAUUUCCAAUCUGUAUUUGUCAGACGGGCUAUAUGCGGCCUGUACAGCUAUCAAUUUGUCCGAAUCAGUAGUAGACUCAGAACACGACAGUUGUGAGCAGAUUUAAAGAUCAUUAUUAGAAGUAUUAUGCGCAUUGACACUCAUUUUGUGAGGUCUACCUGAUUAGACCCACUGUAAAUCACUUCGAAGCCCUACAACGGUAAGUCUCGCUUGUGUAUGUGGUGGAUACCAUCUGG